GGAGAGCGAGAGAAAGAGGAGAGAGGACGGUGCGACCCGGAGGCUGGAGCCCAGGGCACAAGAGCGCAUUAGCAGAGGCUGCGUCCACAGCCAGCAGGGGUUAUAGCCAAGUCCCUCUCACUUAGACCUCAGCCAGCACCACAGGAAGAGUCCUGGGCCUCAUCCGCAAAGUGAUGGCCUCUCGUUCUGAUGAACAGAGACAGGAAGAAUGGAUUACAGUCACCAAACUUCUCUAGUCCCAUGUGGGCGAGAUAAAUACAUUUCCAAGAACGAACUUCUCCUGCACCUGAAGACCUACAACCUGUACUAUGAGGGCCAGAACUUGCAGCUGCGACACCGGGAGGAAGAAGACGAGUUCAUCGUGGAGGGGCUGCUGAAUAUCUCCUGGGGGCUGCGCCGGCCCAUCCGGCUGCAGAUGCAGGAUGACAGCGAGCGCAUCCGGCCCCCGCCCUCCUCGUCGUCCUGGCAUUCAGGCUGCAACCUGGGGGCUCAGGGUUCUGUCCUGAAGCCCCUCACCAUGCCUGCCAUUCAGAUCUCAGAAGCGGAAGCCCCUCCGGAGGGUGACCAGACACCCAGCCUCACAGACUCCCGGGGCCUGAAGCCCGUGCAGGAAGACACCCCACAGCUUAUGCGCACGCGCAGUGAUGUUGGGGUGCAUCGGCGUGGUAACGUGAGAACGCCCAGUGACCAGAGGCGAAUCCGUCGCCACCGCUUCUCCAUCAAUGGCCAUUUUUACAACCACAAGACUUCCGUGUUCACGCCUGCCUAUGGCUCUGUCACGAAUGUGCGAAUCAACAGCACCAUGACAACCCCGCAGGUCCUGAAGCUGCUGCUCAACAAAUUUAAGAUUGAGAAUUCGGCAGAGGAGUUUGCUUUGUACGUGGUCCACACCAGUGGUGAGAAACAGAAGCUGAAGACCACCGAUUACCCGCUGAUUGCCCGCAUCCUGCAGGGCCCCUGCGAGCAGGUCUCCAAGGUGUUUCUGAUGGAGAAAGACCAGGUGGAGGAAGUCACCUAUGACGUGGCGCAGUACAUCAAGUUUGAGAUGCCGGUCCUCAGAAGCUUCAUCCAGAAGCUCCAGGAGGAGGAAGAUCGGGAGGUGAAGAAGCUGAUGAGGAAGUACACCGUACUCCGGCUAAUGAUUCGGCAAAGGCUGGAGGAGAUAGCUGAGACUCCGGCAACAAUCUGAGCUGCAGGAGUGGGGGAUCCGGGUGCCCCGGGGGCUGCCACUGACCUGAGAAGACCCGCAGGAAGCUGGGCGCUCCCCACCCUUGGCCAAAUGCUAAUGUGCAAACCACAAGCCUUCCUUUGCUUCCGGGAACAGGAUGAGAAGGCAGGGAACAACUCCCUAUCCCUGACCCCUGCUCUCCUCUCUUUUACUUGCAAGGGCUUUUGAUUUUAGCUACAAGGAGGGCCCCAGACUUGUACCUGUACGUACACCUGGGUGUACAGGACACUCGCCUGUGCCUCCCUGAUGUUUCCGCGUGCACUUCACUCCAGCGUCACGAGGCUGGCAGACGUGUGCCACUAGCAGGAGAGUCAGAAGAGGACUUAAGGCUAAAGAAAAGAUUUUUUUCUCUUCAGAGCGAAGGGGCAGCCACACAAAUCUGCCCAAGUAUAGAAGGGGCAUUUGUGUUGGUAGAGAUUCUCUGUGUGCCUGGAAAGAUCAGUGAAUGUUAGAUCCUUGGAAACUAAAAAACUAACAGCCCCAUAUCCUUGUCUGAUGGAGAGAAACAGAUAAAUCGUCAUGAGUAGAUGCAGUGAGUCGGCAAGUUUUUACAAUGGAAACUUUGCUUGUUUUAAAGAACAAAGAUGAACGUGCCAGUCCGUGUGGCUGCCGUAGAAGGAUGAAUUCCACCUGGUGGAGUCGGGGAGUCCUCAUGAUUCUCCCACCUGGGUCUCUGGUGCUUCCUUGGGAUGGAGGAAAGUCCCACCAGGCAGAGGCCUCACUGGGUGCCCAUGAUGCUCCCUGGGGCCUGGCUUGUUCUGAGAAGAUGGCUAGGAGGUUUCCAAGCCCCCUCCGUAGGGCGGAAGGAAGGGCAGAGGCCACCUGCAGAGACAGGCACCUGCCAGCCCAGCUGUCUUUGCAAAGCUCCUCUUCCUGUGCCUGGAUCUGAGCUGCAGUUUGAGCUUUUUUCUCUGCAUCCUCUGGCUUCUUGCAAAUUCUCUCACCCUGAGUGUGGACAUAGCCCCAGGCAGGAGGACUCAUCCAGCAGAGCACCGAGUGUGGGACUCAGGGAAGCUCUUUGGACUGUCUGUGGGGACAACAGGAGGAUGGAGCUUGGCCCGCUUCUGUGAGCAGCUGCUGAUCAUUAGAGCCAGCAAGGGAAGGGCGGAACGUCAGUCCCCAGAUCCCUCAUUGGGUGGGCAGCUGGGCGCCGGCCUGUUUGGGGCUGGGUGCUGGACUGUGGAGAUCAACUGAGCAAGACCAGGAGCUCCUAACAGCUCUGAGCCUGCCUGGGGUAGGGGUGCUGUGCCUCUGUCCACCUACUCCCAGGGAAGGCGUGGAGCCUGGGCAGCUGGGGGAAGGAGAACCACUAGCCAGGGCCUCCAAAGGACACAGUGGGCCUUGGUGUCAGAACCAUUCCCACGCUCCCACCUUUACCCCCAGAUUCCAAAACGGCCACACAGCUGAGUCUUACCACACUCUCAGCGCGAUGGCCGCUCCCCCUGGAGACUCCGCCAGCCCCUCCUCGGGGCACCACACAACCAGCCCCAGGGCCUUCUGUCAGUUACAUACCUUGGGCAUCUGUAAGAUGCCCAGAAUGGGGAGUAGGACGGGGGCGCGGUGGGCUUCCCUGCUCACAGAUGUAAGAGCGCAGUUUUGUGAGUGCAGACGCACCCCCUGAGGUGUGCUUGGAGAAAAUGGUUCGGAGCGUUUCUGCUCUAGCUGUUUGCCGGGAAUGCUCAGACCCUUGGUUGCCCCACUACUUCUUUGGUGGGGUUGUGGGGCUGGCGGGAAGAGGAUUUUUCACAAAGCGAACUGUUAACCACUUACUCAUACAGAAAACCAUUUCUGGUUUAAAAAUUUCUCUGUGAAUUACUCCGGCGAUGCAAUAGUGUUAAAUGUUGUAAAAUGCCCAAUUUGCCAGAUCUCUGAGAAUGUGAUACCAAGGUAGCCUUGAGUUUCUAAAGCGGGGGUUCAGGGUAAAAAAGGGAGGGGGAAUGUUUUACACUCUCCACGUUCACUAGUGCAGAUCAUUUCUCAUUCCCUAAUAUCCUGAUGAAGAAAUUUGGCUGGGUGUGGUGGUGCAUGCUUAUGUUUGCCAGCACUUAGGAGGCUGAAGCAGGAGGAUCUU